CUGUGCGUAUUGCGCGAGCAGGUGGUGCUGGCAGUGCGCCAAGAGUACGUGGAUUUGGGUGACCAGACUGUCAGUUUACGCGACGGGGACGAGGUGGCAGUCAUCCCACCCCUUAGCGGGGGUUGAUCACCGAGCCCAGGGAUGUCUGAGGAUGUGAACAGUCCACGUGACCUCAUCAAACUCACACAUGAAAAACUCUCAUCUGAUGAUGUGUCCACCUCUAUCACCUGUCCAUCUUGUGGAGCCAUAUCUAUGUUCAUUGGAACUACAAGAGACAAUUUUGAAGGUAAGAAGGUGAUACAGCUGGAGUACGAAGCCUACACCCCCAUGGCUGAGUCGGAGAUGAAGAAGAUUUGCACCAGCAUCAGAGCCAAGUGGCCCACAGUAAGGCACAUCUGUAUCCAGCACAGAUUGGGUGUUGUCCCUGUGACAGAAGCCAGUGUGAUUGUGGGGAUUUCAUCGCCACACAGAGUUGACUCUUUGGAGGCGGUGAGGUUCUGCAUCGACACCCUCAAGGCCUCUGUGCCCAUUUGGAAAAAGGAGGUCUAUGAAACUGAAGAGGCCAGCUGGAAACAGAACAAGGAGUGUUUGUGGUCAGUUGCUGGGAAGAAAUAGGGAAUGUAUGUACAACCCACAAGAUUCACACUGGAAUAUAUUUGUUAUGCCAUUUCGAUUUACAUACUGAACUGGUUCACACCUCAAUCUGUUUUUAAUGAAAUACAACAGACUUGGCUUUAAUGCAGUAGCAUUAUGUCAGAACUAUAUUGAAUAGUGUUAUGACAAAUUUGUCAUCAGACUAAUCUAUGUUAUCUAAGUUAAUGAAUGAAAUACUUACAAUCAUUACAAUACAAUACUGACAAUGUAUUGACAAUAUUCUUUGUAAGUUCACUGACUGGGGUGCCUUAAUUGAAUAAAGAUAUCAAUAUUUUAACACAGUUGAAGUCAAAACC